CAGCAGCAGCAGCAGCAGCAGCAGCAGCAGCAGCAGCAGCAGCAGCAGCAGCAGCAGCAGCAGCAGCAGCAGCAGCAGCAGCAGCAGCAGCAGCAGCAGCAGCAGCAGCAGCAGCAGCAGCAGCAGCAGCAGCAGCAGCAGCAGCAGCAGCAGCAGCAGCAGCAGCAGCAGCAGCAGCAGCAGCAGCAGCAGCAGCAGCAGCAGCAGCAGGCAGCACAGCAGCACCAGCAGCAGCAGCAGAGCAGCAGCAGCAGCAGCAGCAUUAUAGUCGAAAGGAUGAGGCCAAAGAAAGCUUAG